CUGCAGCCGAGGUCCCUUACACCUAUGUACUCCCCGCGCUAUCCGCCCUACCCCACAACCAAUCUAGUCACUCAAGCCAGACUCGGUCCGUCUACAUCCUACGCCGUUGUUGAUGUCUUCGAGGGAUGUCACAAGUAGACUGCGAGAGAGCGUUUGGAAUGGCAGCAUACCUCUAGAGGUGCGGUUGCACAAUGAAGAUUGUAGGACCUACGAUGAUUCCGACCCAUACAUAAUCCAGUUUCCCAGGCUCUCGUAUCUCGGACUACUGAAUCGAAGGCUGCAUGCCUUCUUUUCGCCAAAUUUGAUUUAUCCUGACGUCUCUCCGGCGGAUCUGUGGUUCUCAUAUGAAGGUGUCCCACUGAAGUGGCACUACCCUCUCGGACUGUUGUACGAUCUCUACUCUGGAGCGGAGCCAGCGAAUGCAUCAGAUUCAUCGUCUCCGACUCAUAGGACUGAGCCGCCCGAGGACGAUCGCCGCCACCUGCCAUGGAAACUCACAGUCCACUUCUCAAGGUACCCGGCGGAGCAACUCGUCCAACUUGACGCCGAAGACAAAGUCAUGCAUGAUCUCUUCAGGAACGGGGUUAAGGAAGCCGACUACUUAAGAACCGGAACAGGGAAAACUGUUAUGUUCUUGAGUGAGAAAGAUAGCACACAGCUAUGGGAUGCGGUCAAACAGCACGAUUUCUCCCUGUAUAAUCCCAUCAACCAGAAGCUGCUGAAUCCGCAAGGUGCCACAUUACGCCACCUGCCAGUGCGAAUUUAUCUCCCACAUGCUGCGGAUAGUGAUGACCAGAAGGCAGCCAGCCCCGGCAGCCUCAGGGUCGUGCAAAGUCUUGUCACGCCAAAACUCUCAUCUCGACAACCACAAACUGUCGGUACAGCAUUGAACCAAAUUCUCCCUACUCUGUUCCCUAGCAGACGCAGUCCACUUCUAGCACAUGCAGUUUUGCAUGGGGCAGUCGUUCCCUUAAGCACUAACGUCGAAGACCUAGUGCGCGCAACUGCGUACCUGGAUGGGUGGCUCCACAUUUCUAUAGUGAUGAUGGCGUGAGAAAGAUGCUUAUAGACUACAUAGAGCUGUUAAUGCGAACCCCGCGAUCCCACUUGACAUCCACUGUAUAGCACAACAGUCUAGCUUUCUCCACGCGCUGCACGGGCCAAGAGGGUCGACCACGCAUGCCUUGGGAAAGGAUUGCGAUUACACUGAAGAUCUCCAGGCAGACGUGUGGGCCGUGCCAAAAACAAUAUCGAGCAUGGAUACCUGGGUAGGUACAUGGCAACGUCGAUGAGCGGUGACGCCGAAAGGAAUUUACGCUUAUUUCUGAAGAUGGGGCCGUGCGCAGUCGUCUGAUUGGCCAGUACGCUGAACCAGUGUCCUAUUCGGGCAUCUAGCCGUGCCCUCGACCGCUCUUCCUCACUCGCAGCUC